AUGGAAAUUACAGAAGCAGAAGUUCUGAAAAAAGGUGGUAUGAGUGACGACGAGGCUAGUCAGGACGUGGACGAUGUGCGUAAUGGCACUGAAGGGGAGGUGAUUGCGAAGAAUUCAAAUCAGGAGGAGCUCAAACUCAAACGCGAAAGAUCGAAUGAGUCCGAGAAGUCUCCUUCACCUCCGUCGAAGAAAGCUAAGAGUAAUAACGGCCAGCAUGAUUCUGAGAGGAAAAAAUCAACAGAUGAUGAAAAGGAAAGUGAAUCCAAACCCGAAGACAGUCGUAAAAAUACUAAGGAGAAGGAAAAAAAGGAUGAUGAGGAGAAAAGAGGGAAAUCAGACAAAGAAAAGGAGCGCGAGAAAAAGCGGGAAAGGGAUAGAAAGUCGCGUAGGGAAAAGUCAAGGUCUCGGUCUAGGUCACCCGAUGUGAAACGGCGAAGAAGUGGCAAAGACAAGAGCAAAAAUAGGAAAAAGGACGAGAAAUACGAUAACUAUAAAGAGAAUUCUAGAAAAGAAAGAGUGUCUAAUACUGAAAAUAAUUCUAAGGCUGAUGCACUUGAAGAAGGGGAGGUCGUGGAACCAGCUCGUGAGCCAACGGCAAGGGAAUUAGAAAGAAUGCGCCUCAUCGAGCAGUUGGCAAAAGAAGACGCCGAGAUAACUGAGCCUUCUUCGUCGGUGCGAGAUCGCGAUCAGGGUCAUAACUCCAGAGCAUGUCCUUACCUGGAUACUAUAGAUAGGAAGGUCCUGGAUUUCGACUUUGAGAAGUUGUGCUCAGUGUCGCUAUCACACCUCAACGUUUAUGCUUGUAUGGUUUGUGGAAAAUACUUUCAGGGUCGUGGGACAAACACUCAUGCCUACACUCACUCCUUGGACACUGAUCAUCGAGUUUUCCUCAACCUUCACACUCUCAAAUUUUAUUGCUUGCCGGAUAAUUAUGAAGUUGAUGAUCCCUCUCUAGAAGACAUUAAGUACGUGUUGAAACCGACGUAUACGAAAGAGUUGAUAGCUGGUCUGGAUCGACAACAUAGAAUGGCAAGAGCCUAUGAUGAUUCUACCUACUUUCCCGGUGUGGUUGGUCUGAACAACAUCAAAGCUAAUGACUACUGCAAUGUCGUACUUCACGCACUUUCUCACGUAACUCCUUUACGUGAUUACUUUCUCCGGGAGGAAAAUUACGAGUCAAUUAAGCGACCACCAGGAGACAAGCUUAGUCUUCUUCCGAAAAGAUUUGGAGAACUGAUUAGAAAGUUGUGGAAUCCAAAAGCUUUCCGAACUCACGUGUCGCCUCACGAAAUGCUCCAAGCAACAGUCUCUUGCUCCGAUAAAAAGUUCCAAUUCAUUAAACAAGGUGAUGCUGCUGAGUUCAUGAGUUUCCUCUUGAAUACCUUGCAUAUCGCGCUGAAUGGGACACAGAAAUCAUCUUCUUCAAUCAUAUACAAAAUAUUUCGCGGUCGUAUGCGACAAUACUCAAGGAAGGUAAUACCAGCUGAAGCGACUGAAUGUCAGCGACAACAACUGCUCCAGCUGCCUGAAUACAAUGAAAGUGCAAAAGAGUUGCCUUUCCUUUACCUUGCGCUAGACCUGCCUCCUGCUCCUUUAUACCGUGACGAACAAAUGCAAAACAUUAUUCCUCAAGUUCCUUUAACAGCUCUCCUGCAGAAAUUCAAUGGAACAACUGAAAAGGAAUAUAAAACAUACAAUGAAAACAUUAUGAAGAGGUUUGAACUUCUUCGCCUACCCGAAUAUCUCAUCAUUACGUACAAAAGGUUUCACAAAAAUCAGUGGUUCGUUGAGAAGAAUCCAACAAUUGUCAAUUUUCCUAUCAGCAAUGUGGAUCUUUUUGAUUGCUUAUCCGAAGACACUCGGCGCGAGCAUAAAUACACUACGUACGAUCUUGUUGCUAACAUCGUACAUGAUGGAAAACCUGACUCUGGUACCUAUCGUAUACAACUUGUUCAUGUGGGAUCGCGAAAAUGGUUCGAACUUGAGGAUUUACAUGUGAAAGAGAUUCUUCCGCAAAUGAUAGUGCUUGCAGAGUCUUACAUACAGAUAUGGAAACUGAAUCGCAGAAAAACCCGCGAAGAACGUAUGAGCGAAGUAGUCGACGAUGAUACCUCGACUUCAUGA